AAAGAAUUUUCAUCCCUCAUAAUUUUCUUACAAUUUUUUAACAAUAUGCAUGAAUCUUUUCGUGGCUCAAAGAACUUCCAAGCCCUGCUAUGGUGGAGCUAUUGCUGGGAUAUCUCUUGCAGUGCUUGGAGUGUUGUUUUUUGCAGCUUGCUUGUACCUUGUGUUUGACAGAAAGAGGAAGGCACACAAAAUAUCACCCAAAGAUCAAUUCAACCGAGCUGCUUCUGAUACUGCAGCUAAAGCUCCAGAGUCUAUUGAUGUUGCUAAAAGGGCUUCUCCAAGCCUUGCUGGAGUAGUUGUUGAGAGAUCUUUUGAGUUCUGGUAUGAAGAGCUUGCAAUAGCUACUAAAGAUUUCAGUUUGGCUAAUAAGAUAGGCGAAGGCGGCUUUGGCUCUGUUUAUUAUGCUGAGCUUAGGGGCGAGAAAGCAGCAAUCAAGAAAAUGGACUUGAAAGCAAAAAGAGAAUUUGUUGCUGAACUUAGGGUUUUAACACAUGUACAUCAUCAGAACCUGGUGCGCUUAAUUGGAUAUUGUGUGAAGGGUUCCCUUUUUCUUGUAUAUGAGUACAUUGACAAUGGAAACUUGAGCCAGCAUCUUCGAGGAUCAGGGUGCGACACACUGUCGUGGUCCAGCAGGGUGCAGAUUGCAGUGGAUUCAGCAAGAGGUCUUGAGUACAUUCAUGAGCAUACUACUCCUGCCUACAUCCAUCGUGACAUUAAAUCAGCAAACAUUUUGAUAGAUAAAGAUUUUCGUGCCAAGGUUGCAGAUUUUGGUUUAUCAAAAUUGGCUGAGGUCAAAGGUUUAUCUUUGCAAUCACGUCUUGUGGGCACGUUUGGCUACAUGGCACCAGAAUUGCAAAUUGAACUAAAUCUAUCUCUGGUGUUUCCUUAUCUUAUGAGUUCCCUUCCUAAGAAGAGUCAGAAUUUCAAAGCCUAUAGUGAAAAAGUUUUGUGCAGGUAUGCCAAUUGUGGUACUGUUUCUCCUAAAGUUGAUGUCUAUGCCUUUGGUGUUAUGCUUUAUGAACUAAUUUCGGCUAAGGCAGCUGUAGUUGAUGGAGGCUCUACUACUGAUACUAAGGGCCUUGUUGGUUUGUUUGAACAAGUUCCAAUACUACCGGAUUCAAAUGAUGAUCUUCGCAAACUGGUUGACCCAAGACUUGGGGAUAAUUACCCAAUCGAAUCAGUCAGCAAGAUGUUUCAGCUAGCCAAACUUUGCACACAUAAAAAACCUGAAUCAAGGCCGAGCAUGAGAUCUGUUAUCGUUGCAUUAAUGGCAUUAUCAUCCCCCACAAAGGAUUCUAAGAUUUUUGUUCCUCAUUUAGAAACUGAGAUCUUGAAAUACGAGUAUUCUAUGAUCAAGUCUAUGGAAACUGAAGUUCUGGGAUCUGAGACUUUUACAGUUACAUCUGUGGAAUCUGAGCCUUAUACAAUAGAAGAAGGAAUUGAGGAUUAAAUGGUAGUUGACGUGAACGAUAUGUUGUUGCUCAAAUUUAUUUUUUCAUGAAGAAGAAAAAUUUUAGAAGUGAAACCAAUGACCUAGUUUGGUAAAACAAUUGCAAAACAAUCCUCACCAGGUCUUGCAACUAAUGUCUACAAGAUAGAGGUGAGAAUGUGCAAUCACAAUAUCAAACUCACAUUCAUUCAUGCCCCCUUUUCCCAGGAUGCAAGGGAAAUAGAUUGGAAUUAUUAUAUUCCAAUGUGUUAAAGAUGGUUCCAAAUGAAUACUUUAUCCAUAGAAGCAAGAAAUAUUUGCAAUAAUGUUAUCAUAUGUAUUGCUAUCUCA